GGUUCCACGAGUUCACGACUAAUGCCCUAUUUGUAAUUUGUUAAUCAUUAUAUUAUAAUAUGCAAACAUUUAAAAUGUGUUAUUUAAGUCUUUAGUCAAUUACUAUAGAUUUUAAAUAGCUAUUUUCUAUGGACAGUUCUAAAGUAAAAUGUACAUUGAUUUGUGGCACCUCAGCAGCUUAUUCUGAAACUUUAUUAUUUGAAAGCGCUGUAUAUUGGUCUGAAUUUGGAUAUCGAGUGGUUUACAUUCAAAUAUCUCAGAUGAAAUCUCUACCAAUUCUAUUAGAUGGUGCCAAGCCGCCUAGUGUACAUGCACUGAAUCGCAUUACAUUCCUAACAUUGUCAGAAUGGAAAGAUCUCGUCAAGUACACUUCUUCAAUACACGAAACCAGUCCAAAUGUGCCACAUGUAAUUUUAGUAUCAAACCUAAAUAAUUACUAUAGGAAUGAAGAUAGUGAUCAAGCCUCAAGACUAGCACACAUGCUAUGUGCUUGUUUGUGUGAUGCCAUUUCAUAUUGUAGUAAAGUACAUAAUUCUACUUCAUAUUUAACGGUUUCAACACAAGAGACUGCACUUGAAACACAUAAACUAUCUGCAAUGUAUUUCCCGUCAACCACAUGGAUUAGCAGUGUUGUUGAUGAUCAAGUUGUUUUUUGCAAGAAAGAACUGUAUUUACACCAGCACCGUAGCUGUAAAAUAAAGUUUAUCAAAGUGAACAAUAAACUAAGAUGUGAUUCUGUAGAAGUAUUAUACAUGUGAUGUAUUCAUUGUUAUUUUUUAUUAUUACUGUUCUUGUUUUAAAGUGUUUUGUAUCUUAUUUUUUUUUUAUAACACAAUACAUAUUAUAUGUAAUCAACAUUUAAUUAGAAAUAUUGAAGACAACAAUCAACAACUAAUAAAAGAAAUUAACGAUCAUAAAAAAUAGCAUAACCAUUUGAAAAACGAGAAAGAGAAACUAAAUUCUGAAUUUGAAGACAAAAAAUGGGUCCAAAGAAUGUAAAUUAGCAAAAAUUAAAAUAAGGAACUUAAAGAAGAUUAUUCGAAAAUGCAACUUAUGUAUCAUACGCUUAAUAAGAAUAUCAGGCACACUUAUAACGUUGCUCGACAACCACCGAUAACUAUUGACUGAGAAGAAAAUGAAAUGUGUUGAUAGCGACAACCUAAUAAAAAUUCAAUUGAAUCUAAUAGAAAAGACAAAUUAAUUUGAACUCUCGAUUGCAAAGUAUAAGAAAAAAAAAAUGCUAGAUACGAAACCUACAGGCAACAAAUGAUGGAUGAAUUUACGAGUUUUCUUCACAAAAAAUAAAUCGACAUCGCAUAGUUACAAAAUGAGUAUAACAAUUUGAAACAUCACAUUCAGUCAGUAGAAGACUAUAUCGAAAAUUUAAAAUGCCAGGUUAUAACAUUAGGGUAUACAUUGAACGAGAAAAAUAAAACCAUACAACUAUACGUUAAAAGCAUAACUUAAAACAACAGCAACGUCGCUGUAAUGUAACCUUUAAGUGUAUUAUACUAAAUUAGUUAGUCUAAGUCUUAACUUUUAGUGUACCGUUAUAUAAAUUAAAAUAAUACAGGAUAAUUUAUCCAUUCUGAUACA